GGGGGGUGUAUCUAUGUAGAUUUAAUGUCUAUAUCCAUGCACUUGCUGGAAGUUGAAGAAAAAUUUGUUUGUCAAAUAAAACAAGACAGAAAACGUAUAAGCAUAAUUGGUGUUAUGACAAUACACGACCUUUAAAAAUGGUUUUUAUCAGGAAGUUUUUAUAUAAUGUCUAUUCGAGAUAUCUUAUUACUUUAAAUGCAACAGAUCGAUAAUACAUGGGUUUUGUUUAUUUAAAGUUUAGGCUUUUAUAUUACGUGUGCACAUAAGAUUGAGCACACAUAAACUUUCCGUCUGUAAUGUUAACUUCAUUGAAAUCCUUCGACAGACUAAAUGUGUAGAAUGAUUGUUUAGGUGGGAUGAAUAAAAAGAUUUGGUUAAUGAUACUUCAUACAGGAUAAACAGGGUAUGGCAUCAAACGAACCACAGAAUUUGUUAGAAUGGCAGCUGCAUUGUGUUCUAAAAAGAGCAAGCCUUCUCCAGUAUUAUGAGAGCUUCAUCAAACAUGGUGAGUGCGAUGUAUUGCAGUUAUCUAAAGCAGAAGAUGGGAAAUUUAAAAACGUAAUGGAGAAGGUUGGAAUGGCAAGGAAAUCGAUACAUGUUCGUCAGUUCAAAAGCACGCUUCUUCAAUGGGCGAAAGAUCCAGGAAAGGAUAAGCAUGUGCCUAGCUACAUACAGAAAUCUGAUGAUUCUACAACGUCUCCAGCGCAAAGAAGCUUGAAGCCUGGUACAGUGUCCUUUCCAAUGACUGGGAAGUCUACCGAGGUACCACAGUUGAAUAAAUCCACACAAGAGAUCAAGACAAAAGAAAAAGAAGAACUUACAAGUUAUAAAUCCGAGAAGAAAAAAUACCAUACGAAAGAAGACACCACACAAAAAUACACACAAAGUGUAGUCAAAGAUCAUGGACAUCAUGGACAUCAUGGACUUACUGGUUACUAUGAUGAUUUAUUAGAUAACACAGUACUUGACAAGAUGGUUUUAGAUAACCUGAUUUCCAGAUGUAUAUUAAUGAUAGAGGACAGAGAAGAAAUUAUCAAACCAACCACACAACGUGAACGUAACAAGGUUCUACUGGAUAUCUUAACUGACCGACCAUAUCCUACCUUCCAUUUAUUCAAGGAUGUCUUACAGGAAUCUGAACCAAACAAUAGUUGUAUUCAAGAGCUUGUCAAGAGAAUGCUGAGUACUGAAAGCAGGGACGAACACAUUAGUUGCCAAGGACAUGAGAUUAUGUUGAAUAAACACAAAGUUAAACUACAAAAGAAUUACAUGAUGUUUGUCCAUGGUGUUGACUCCAAAACAGACAUAGCUGACCACCUGUAUCAGUCGGAUGUUUUAAGUACUGAAGAAAAAGAGGAAAUUUGUAAUUCUUCACUCACUCAACAUGAAAGUAAUAGACUUUUAUACAACAAAUUGAUUCGCAAAGGUGGAGAUGCAUACAAGCACCUUCUUGAAGCUGUAAAACACGGAAAAUACCAUGAUGUUGCUUCAGAAAUGGAGAAGACAGAAUUGUCAGAUCAAGAAAUACAAUUGUGUCAAAUAGGAAUGGAGAAACUCAAAAACAGACAUGAGAAAAAAGAUAUUCUGAUGGUUCCGGAUGAAGUUAUUCCUAAACAUAUACUAGAGCAGUUCGAAAAACGCUUGGAACAGUGGAAAAAGGAUGAUCAACAGUUUGUUAGUACUGAAGCAGAGAAACAUGUAAUGCAAAAAGUUUUGACACAAAGUUCCGUUACCCUGGUGGGAAAUUCUGGCACUGGAAAAAGUUUUCUUUCUAAACACAUUGCCCUCAUAAUGAUGAAACAUGGCUAUACUGUAAUUCCAUGUAGUAAACCUAAAGAUAUUGGAAAAUGGUUUAAACAUGGGAGGAAAACUUUGUUUGUCUUUGAUGACGUCUGUGGCAGAUAUACUCUUAAUCAACAAAUUUACACUGACUGGAAACAAAGACUUGAUCACAUAAUAUCUCUUCUAGAAGACAAAUGCUGUAAAAUCAUAUCUACAUGUAGAUUGGAGGUUUACAAAGAUGAAGUAUUUAGCAAUCUCUCUAUUUUCAAAAUGUGUAACAUCGAUUUAAGUUCACAAGAAUUCAAACUUAGUGCUGCUGAAAAAUUUGCUUUAGCUGAAGUGUACUUUAAGGAAAAUACUGAUGAAGUAAAGGAAUGGUCAGACAAAUAUGACUUUUUCCCACUUUUAUGUAGUUUAUAUCAUAAACAGAACCUCCAGAAGAAUGUAAGCAUUACCUCCUUUUUCAGCAAUCCUUUUGAAGUUUUCAAAGAUCAAGUUGUACAAAUGUAUGGAGAAAGUGAUGCUGGUAAGAUGCAGUAUUGUAGCUUAGUCCUUUGUGUGAUGUUUAACAACACAUUAACAGAAGAAAACUUGUCACCAAAAGAAAAGAAGAUAGGAGCAGUCCUAGAUGAUUUACUAGAAGAAUGUGAACUGAAUAAAGGAACAUCCAUCAAACGUUUAAAGAAAUCACUUGAAACUCUUGAAGGUACCUACGUGGUCAAGGAGGAUAAUAAAUACAAAAUAAUCCAUGAUAAGUUGUUUGAUUUCCUUGCCAAGUACUUUGGGGAGAAGCUGUUACAGAUUUUCAUUGAUCAUGCUAAUACUGAUUUUAUAAGAGAGAGAUUUCUUUGGCAAAUAACAGAUAACAUGGGCACAGAAAUAGAGUUUGUAAUAAGAAUACCUGAUACCUAUAUAAAUAGAUACAUAGAUAGGUUACUGAAAGACUGGGAGAACGGUUUUGUUUGCAAUGUAAGUGACAACAGAAACAUGAAGUCUACUAUAUUUACUGAAAACUUCAUAACACGUUUAAACCAACUUGAUCUAUCAAAGCAGGAAGAACUUGUUUGUACUAAAGAUAUUAACAAUAAAGAUAUAGCACUUUCAGGAAGUUGUUAUAUGGGUACAGUUGACCUGGUUAAAUGGUUGAUAAGUAGGAAUACUAACAUUAAUUAUUGUAGAGAGGAUGGUUGGUUUCCUUUAUUAUGGGCUAGUCAGGAAGGACAUGUUGAUGUUGUUAAAGAACUGUUACAACAUUCAGCUGAUGUCAAUAAAUGUAACAAUAAUGAUGCAUCACCUCUGUAUAUAGCAAGUCAGAAUGGACAUGUUGAUGGUGUUAAAGUACUGUUACACCAUUCAGCUGAUGUCAAUAAAUGUAACAAUAAUGAUGCAUCACCUCUGUAUAUAGCAAGUCAUAAUGGACAUGUUAAUGUUGUUAUAGAACUGUUACACCAUUCAGCUGAUGUCAAUAAAUGUAACAAUAAUGAUGCAUCACCUCUGUAUAUAGCAAGUCAGAAUGGACAUGCUAAUGUUGUUAAAGUACUGUUACAACAUUCAGCUGAUGUCAAUAAAUGUAGUAAUGAUGGAACCCCACCACUACAGAUUGCUUGUUACAACAACAGGAUAGAGGUUGUAUAUGUACUUCUUCAGUGUGAUGAUGUUGAUAUUAAUCUCUGUAAUGAUGAUGGAUGUUCUUCACUUUAUUGGGCAAGUGAGAAUGGACAUGUUAAUGUUGUUAUAGAACUGUUACAACAUUCAGCUGAUGUCAAUAAAUGUAUAAAUAAUGGUGUAUCACCUCUGUAUAUAGCAAGUGAGAAUGGACAUGUUGAUGUUGUUAAAGAACUGUUACCAUAUUCAGCUGAUGUCAAUAAAUGUAACAAUAAUGGUGUAUCACCUCUGUCUAUAGCAAGUCAGAAUGGACAUGUUGAUCUUGUUAUAGAACUGUUACAACAUUCAGCUGAUGUCAAUAAAUGUAACAAUGAUGGUGUAUCACCUCUGUCUAUAGCAAGUCAGAAUGGACAUGUUGAUCUUGUUAUAGAACUGUUACAACAUUCAGCUGAUGUCAAUAAAUGUAACAAUGAUGGUGUAUCACCUCUGUCUAUAGCAAGUCAGAAUGGACAUGUUGAUGUUGUUAAAGAACUGUUACAACAUUCAGCUGAUGUCAAUAAAUGUAGUAAUGAUGGCCACCCACCAUUACAGAUUGCUUGUUACAACAACUGGAAAGAGGUUGUACAUGUACUUCUUCAGUGUGAUGAUGUUGAUAUUAAUCUCUGUGAUGAUGAUGGAUGUUCUUCACUUUAUUGGGCAAGUCAGAAAGGACAUGUUAAUGUUGUUAAAGAACUGUUACAACAUUCAGCUGAUGUCAAUAAAUGUAGUAAUGAUGGAACCCCACCACUACAGAUUGCUUGUUACAACAACAAGAUAGAGGUUGUACAUGUACUUCUUCAGUGUGAUGAUGUUGAUAUUAAUCUCUGUGAUGAAGAUGGACGUUCUUCACUUUAUAUAGCAAGUGAGAAAGGACAUGUUAAUGUUGUUAAAGAACUGUUACAACAUUCAGCUGAUGUCAAUAAAUGUAACAAUAAUGAUGCAUCACCUCUGUAUAUAGCAAGUCAGAAUGGACAUGUUGAUCUUGUUAUAGAACUGUUACAACAUUCAGCUGAUGUCAAUAAAUGUAACAAUGAUGGUGUAUCACCUCUGUCUAUAGCAAGUCAGAAUGGACAUGUUGAUGUUGUUAAAGAACUGUUACAACAUUCAGCUGAUGUCAAUAAAUGUAACAAUAAUGGUGUAUCACCUCUGUAUAUAGCAAGUCAGAAUGGACAUGUUAAUGUUGUUAAAGAACUGUUACAACAUUCAGCUGAUGUCAAUAAAUGUAGUAAUGAUGGCCACCCACCAUUACAGAUUGCUUGUUACAACAACAAGAUAGAGGUUGUACGUGUACUUCUUCAGUGUGAUGAUGUUGAUAUUGAUCUCUGUGAUGAUGAUGGAUGUUCUUCACUUUAUAUGGCAAGUCAGAAAGGACAUGUUAAUGUUGUUAAAGUACUAAUACAACAUUCAGCUGAUGUCAAUAAAUGUAACAAUAAAGGUAAAAAUUCUCUUAAUGUAGCACAGGAGCAAGGACAUAUAGAAAUAGAACAAUUGUUAAAAGGAAAAGGAAUAGAUCAACAUUUAUGUCAAAAUGAUCAGUGAACAUGGUGAAGGAUGUUUUUUUUUUUUUUAGAAUUUGGACAUUUUCAUACAUGUAUCGUAAUUCAUUUAUUUAAAACCUCAUAAAGCUGAAAUUAGUUUAUGGUUUGAAGUAUCAACACUAGCCUAUACUUCUAUUAACCUUUACCUGUUUUGUUUUUUGUUUUUUUUUCUCUCUAUUCUAUUGUUAGGUUGCUGUCUAUAUUAACAAAUCUCUUUUUAUACAUAUAUACAUAUCUUGUUUUAAAGAACUAUUGGAAAGAUUUUAGUGAAAAUACUGUUAAAUCAGAUAAGGUAACUAACUCUUGGCUUGUUUUUCAAUUAACAUGAUUAAAAAAAUACAGCAAAUUAUUUGGAAUUGAAAGCAUUUAAAGAUAGACCAGCAGUAUGAAAGAUAGGUGCACACCCUCUAAAAACAGAGACGGAUGGAUAUGCAAAAAAACAAUUAUAUAGAUAAAUCACAAAGGUUAUGUUGGAUAAAGUUGAAGAUGAAAAACAUUGUAUAUGUGAAUGUCCUCGUUAUAAUCUCUUGAAAAAAUAGUUCUAUAAUAUCAUUUGUAAAAUUGUCAAAAUGUUAAACUCAAAUGCCAAUUUCAAAUUGUCUUUUUAUUCAAGAAAACCUAGAGGUAUUAAAAAUUAUUGGAAUGCAUAUAUUAAUGAAAACUAUCAAUUUAGUACAGAUAUUUUUAUAUGUAACCCAUUAAGAAUAUUUGCUUAUCUGUUUUAUUACUGCAUGUUUACACACAUGUUUAUGGCUUUGGACUAGCUUAACAUUUAGUUGAUUAUAUUCAUAUUUAUAUAUGAUUGACAACAAUAUUUUUGUCAAUUAUGAAAAAUCAUCGUAUUUUACUACUUUAAUCCCAUGGGCUAUUUAAAUGGAAUAAAAAUAUCUUAUUAUAUCGUAAUAUCUUGUACAUAAAAAGUCAUGAAAGUAGACAGUUUA